CGGCAAUCGCAAGCUGGGGACCUUUUCUUAGGCGCUUAUGUCGACAGCAAUGUCACUCGUCAGCUCGUGGGUUAUGUGUCCUCAACCCUUUCUCCUGCGGAGACCUUGACACAUGAGUCGAUGUCAACUCAUGUGCCAAACUCUUCAUCUGUCUGCAUUCACUCGGUCUGCGUCUCAGCUACGCAUCGGAAACAGGGGACUGGCCUGCGUCUUCUAAAAGAAUACAUAAGCCGUUUGCAAAAUGCACGAAAAGCUGGCCAACCUUACCAACGGGUGCUUCUCAUCACGCACGAAGAGCUCCGUUCUUUCUAUGAGAAGGCUGGAUUUGAGUGGUUGGGGGCUAGCAGUGUUGUACAUGGCACAAAGCCAUGGUAUGAUAUG